GCGGUACGUCAGAUUCUCCUGCGUCUAGUACAAAGCUCAUCCUUUCGACAUCAGUAGUGUACUCACAGCUGUAAACGUUGAUGUCGUCGGAUCUCAUCAAGGACCCUGAGAGCGAAAUGCCUCCGGCAUCCAGACGUUCAGCGAUGAGAAUUGAGGGCAUAGCAGUCAGAGCACAUCUCACGGCCACCUCGCAGUGUGAUCUCAAUUCGCAAGUUGAUGGACCUGCAGAGGGCAACCCGCGUUCGUUUCAGUUCACCGCCAGGGACGACCGCAGGCUGCCAGUCAAUCAUCAUCACCUACAUCAGCAGCAGCAGUAUCCAGGUCAUCGGCCUCAUGAUCAACACCCUCGAUUGCAAGUCAGUCCCAUGCGUCAGACUCACGUCACGCCAACAGCUCCUGCCCCCUUGAAGCAACACAAACCAGUAGCGGGUACCACAGUCGCUACACUUCUUCCGCACUGCACCGUCGAGACAAUACUGAGCAAAGACCAAGUCAUUGCAGUCAGUGAUGUCGCUGGUAGUCUGAAGGAGCUUGUGCUUCUCGCGCUGGGAGCCAAAGACGGCGAUGAAGAGUGCAUGGGUAGACUUGAAGGCGCACUGGGCAGGGAUCAGGGAUUGACCGGCCUUGUAGACUUCUUCUCUGCCGAGUUCGAGAUCGGGUAGUCCGACUUGUACUUCUCACUGUCGGUGCGAAGCAACGGCGCAACACGACCAAUAAUUUCUGUCCCUUCCCACUGAUAUCG